AAGCAAAAAGCAGAAGGGAGAGAGUAAGGUUCGUUUCGUUUCAGAAAGGUCCAAAAUAAAGCUGGUUUGCUAAAACCAUGAAGUGACUCAGACCGAUCUCAAGGAAAACUCAUCACAUUGGAGUCAUGUUGAGGGCUUACACACCCAUGGAGCUCCCGACGGCGCUGGCAGAAGUCACGGACACUUACUCCAACCAGAGCACCAGGAACCAGUCCCUGGAGGCCUGUUCCCGUGAGGGCGCUCUGAAGACAGCCGUGUUCCCUGUCCUCUACAGCGUCCUCUUCCUCCUGGGCGCGUCGCUCAACGGCCUGGCAGCGUGGGUGUUCCUCCGGAUCCCCAGCAAAUCUCACUUCAUCAUCUAUCUGAAGAACAUCGUUGUGGCUGAUAUUAUCAUGACCCUCACCUUCCCCUUUAAGAUCCUCGCCGAUGCAAACUUAGCAACUGUCGGCGUGCGUGUGUUUGUGUGCCGCGUGUCCUCUGUGCUGUUCUACCUCACCAUGUAUAUCAGCAUCUUGUUCUUCGGCCUGAUCAGCAUCGAUCGCUGCAGAAAGACCAUGUGGCCCUUCGUAGGCACCAGCCGUAGACGCCUGCUCCACAGAAAGCUCCUCUCGGCCUGCAUAUGGACCUCUCUGUUGGCUCUCGUGCUGCCCAACGUAAUCCUGACGAGCCGCCUCAAAACUUCGGGCCGCAUUAAGUGCAGCGACCUCAAGACCGAGCUGGGACUGAAGUGGCAUGAGGUGGUCAACCACGUGUGCCAGGUGAUCUUCUGGGGGAACCUUGUGACAGUGAUAAUAUGUUACACGCUCAUCUCAAAGGAGCUCUACAAGUCGUACGCCCGCACACGAGCUCAACACGAGGCCAGGCGAGGAGCGGAUGUUCCCCACAGGCCGCUCAACAAGAACAGCAUUCAGGCAAACGUGUUCCUGGUGUUGGCCGUCUUCUUUGUGUGCUUUGUUCCCUUCCACUUUGCCCGAGUGCCAUACACUAUUAGCCAGACACGAGGACAGAUGUUCAACUGCCAGCAGAAGCUGUUCUUCUUCCAGCUGAAGGAGAGCACGCUGUGGCUUACCUCCCUCAAUUCAGUGCUGGAUCCACUCAUCUACUUCUUCCUCUGCAAGUCGUUCCGGACAUCCCUGUUCAACACCCUGCGCCUGUCUCCCGGCCGCUGUGGGGAUCUCGGCUCCGACUCCACCAGCGCUCCUGUGGACAACACGCCGAUGUGAUGGACAAGCGCCCAGUCCUUCUGAUGUGCUUCUCCUACACUUCUACUCUACGCUGUAACAGCUACAUGAUGAAUCAAACCUUUUAACAACUUCCACUCUCUUUCAAGAACCUAAUUACCUCAACCUUGAUUCAAAUCAAGAGGUUUCACAUGUCAUGACUGGCUAGCGGAGGAAAGCAUGUCAGGAGAGAUCUCUUGCCUCUUGCAGGUGUGAUCUUGUUAAAAGCUUGUGUUGUGUUAAGAUAAGCAUACAUGUCCACCGAUGUCAUGUGCUAGUAGCAGAAGUACCUCUGAUCCUUACUAAUUUAUAAAGGCGUGUGAUGCGUAGUAUUUGUUGUCACUGACAAACCUUUAGUGCCAGGCAUCCAGACAUGCAAAAGUACUAACAUUUUUCAUGAUAAUGAAUCCAAGUAUUGUGGACAUCACACUAUUUCAGGUCAUGUUUAAAGACAUUACUGUAAUGAAGACACAGAUAAUAAUGAUUCUACAGCUCAAGGCUGUCAGUCAUUUCCAAGUCCAGUUCAUUGUGAAGUCAAUAUUUGUAAUAAAUAAACUACUACUGUAAAAAUAAAA